AUGGACUGCUUCGUGAUGACAAGCUGCCUACUCUGCCUCCUCUUCACCUUCACCGCCCUCCGUUUCCUGGCAAGAAAAAACAACAAAACUCCGGCCAAACUCCUCCCGCCGGGCCCCGCCCGGCUUCCAAUCAUCGGCAACCUCCACAACAUGGGCGACCAGCCCCACCGAUCGCUGGCCGAUCUAGCCAAGGUCCACGGCCCCUUGAUGAGCCUCAAGCUCGGCCAGCUCACCACCAUCGUCGCUUCCUCCCCUGCCAUGGCCAAAGAAAUCCUCCAAAAGCACGACCAAGUCCUCUCCAACCGCCACACCAUCCUCGCCGCGCAGGUCCACGACCACCACAUGUUCGGCUUCGUGUGGCUCCCCGUGCAGUCGAAAGAGUGGAGGAACUUCAGGAGAGUCUGCAAUUCGUACAUCUUCGCCACCCAGAAGCUGGAUUCGAACCAGGAGCUGCGGAGGGAGAAAAUUGAAGAGCUCCUGCAAAGUGUUCGACGAAAUGCGUGUGAGGGGAAAAAAGCGGUGGAUGUUGGGAGAGAGGCGUUCAAGGUUAGCUUGAAUGCUCUGUCGAGGACGAUUCUCUCUUUGGAUUUGGCCGACGUCGAGGGAUUGGAGACGGCCAGGGAGUUCAAUGAGGUUACGAGGGGGGUUAUGGACGUGGGAGGGAAGCCCAAUUUGGGGGAUUUUUACCCUGUUGUGGCGAAGCUGGAUUUGCAGGGGAUACAGAGGCGCUCGAGGGAUCACUUCGGCAAGGUCUUGGAUCUGUUUGGUUCGGUGAUUGAUGAACGGUUAAGGAAGCUGAAGUCGGGGAGCUAUGUCUCCGGUAACGACGUGCUCGACUCACUGCUGGCUAUUGGGGAUGAGAAUCCUGAGGCUUCCAUGGAUCCGCUUCGCAUCAAACAUUUGUUUUCGGAUCUCUUCAUGGCUGGGACCGAUACAACUUCAACCACACUAGAAUGGGCAAUGGCAGAGCUUCUCCGCAAUCCUACCACACUCGCUAAAGCCAGGGAAGAGCUGGACUGUACGAUUGAAAAAGGCAAUCAUCUUCAAGAAUCAGACAUCCAUCGAUUGCCUUAUCUACAAUCAAUAAUCAAAGAGACCCUUAGGUUACACCCAUCAGCUCCCUUUCUGCUUCCCCACAAAGCGGGAGCCGAUGUGGAAAUCAAUGGCUUCACGAUACCCAAAGGUGCACAAAUUCUAGUCAAUGCAUGGGCUAUAGGUCGGGAUUCGGCAACAUGGGACGAUCCAAAAUCCUUUAUCCCUGAAAGAUUUAUGGGUUCAGAGGUUGACGUAAGGUGA